UUGAAAUUUAAUAAUUUAGCUUUCAUUUAUCCGCCAUCGAAUGUUCGCGUUCAAGCAACUUCUAAUACGUCAGCUGUGGUGCAGUGGGAUUGGAAUGGUAAUGAUAAUGUGGAUGGUUUCGUGGUACGGUACAUACAUGAACCGGUUUCUGGACAACGUGAUAACGAGCGAUGGAAUACAAUUACGGUUAUGGAUCCAUCUGCACGACAUCUACAGAUCUCGCAGCUCACAGCAAAAAAGCCAUAUGCAUUUUGUGUCUUGGCUGUUCGGCAGCACAGGCAAGGAAGCUGUUCAGAUCCGCCGAUAACGAUUGAUCGUUUACAACCGUUGCAUACGGUUUCUAAUUUAGUAGUAGCUUGGAAAACAAGUAAUUCUGUAAUGCUACGGUGGGAAUAUACUGGAACACAGCCAGUCAAGUUUUAUGUAAAUCAAACUGGUCGGAAAGAUUAUCUGGAUCAGCAUUUGCAACUUAAAGGCAUGAUUUCACCAGGAUUUCGACAAGAUCUCGAUGGACAUCAGCGAGAGCACUUAUGGACAACUUUGAGACCUUACAUGGAAUAUACAUUUCACGUUGGAGUGCGUGAAUUACCUCCUUCUGACAAAGAAUACUGGCCACGUGAAGUAAUCGUUCGGACAGAUCCAACUGGACCACCAUUUGUAGAUAUUCCGGAAUUUGUUAGUUCUGAACGAGCGAGUACAGCUUUGAUCCGGUUAAAAUGUGCUAGUGAAGAGUAUGGACCGAUUAGUCAUUACUGGCUAGUAGUUGUUCCUGGAAAUUUUACGCAAGAUGACGUAUUGAAUUUGGACUCAACUUCACUGCAAAAAAGUACUGCUACAACACGUUCAAGUUCAAACAAAAAUUUCGAUGGGAAAGCUAUUAAAAGAGUGCGCAAAGUAAACAAACACCGAAAUCAUAAGAGGAGAUAUUUACAUGAACCUAGCAGUCUCGGAGGAGCAUACAUCGCAGCUGGUAUACCUGUACAUGAAAUGCAGCAGUUGCAACGAGACAAUCGUUUAUUUGUGCUUGGUGAUGGACGAAUGUAUGAUGGCUAUGAUAACAGACCACUAGACAGUAAUUCCAAGUAUCGUUUAAUGAUGAGAGCAUUUGCACGUGAAGAUUCGUAUAGAAAUCCUGAUCGCCCUUUUGAAUUUCGUGCUCCUAUGCAAGAACCAUCAGCAAAACGUUACUCAGACUCGAUGCUUAGUGAGCCAUUUUCAACUAAAGUUGCUUCUCACGUUCGUGAUACUAAAACUUCCAAUCUGUGGUUAAUUGCACCACUAAUAGCAGUUCUAAUUAUUGCAAUUAUUGUUGGAAUGCUUGUAAUCUGGUGGCUUCGAUGCAACCGUCGAAGUAAUCGGCAUAAAACAGCUCGACAUGGAUCCAUCUCAAAAGUUGCAUUAGCAGGUAAUACAAUACCAAGUGAAACAUCAAAGUUACUCGUUUCUGGUGACAUAUACGGUCGUAAUAUUGUUAAUCCCUAUCAGAUGAAUGGAAACGGGGGUUGUGCAAUUGAUUCUGGAAUGGACAUGUAUCCAUUGCAUCAAAGCCAUAUGAGCACUACUUAUAGUUCAUUACCAGUUCCAAUAUCACUUUUACCUUCAAGUGGUGGUGCUAUCGGUGGUCAUUCUUUAAGUCAUCCACCAGUUCCAAUUUCAGAACUUGCAACACAUAUUGACAAACUGAAAAUGAAUAAUAAUGCUUUGUUUUCACAGGAAUAUGAAAGCAUUGAGACAGGUCAACAUUUUACAUGGGAAAACUCAACUCGAGAAAUGAAUAAGCCGAAGAAUCGAUAUGCAAAUGUGAUUGCUUAUGAUCAUUCACGUGUUAUUCUGAGCACUAUUGACGGUAUCGAUGGUAGUGACUACAUAAAUGCCAAUUACAUUGAUGGUUAUGAAAAGCCCAAAGCAUAUAUCGCAACGCAAGGACCACUACCGGAGACAUUUGCUGAUUUUUGGCGUAUGGUUUGGGAAGAAAAUACAGUAACAAUCGUAAUGCUGACAAAACUGGAAGAGCGGUCUCGUAUCAAAUGUAAUCAGUAUUGGCCCAGUAGAGGUUCUUCACAUUAUGGUUAUAUUCAGGUAGCACUGUUAGAUACACUUGAAUUGGCGCAUUAUACUAUUCGGACAUUUCGUUUGCAGCGUAGAAGUGGAGGGGAAAUACGUGAAAUACGACAUUUACAGUACACAGCUUGGCCAGAUCAUGGCGUGCCUGAUCAUCCUACCCCUUUCUUAAUGUUUUUGAAGCGGGUAAAGACGUUGAAUCAAUCUGAUGCAGGCCCAAUCAUCUCUCACUGCAGUGCCGGAAUUGGUCGAACAGGUGCUUUUAUCGUGAUUGAUUGCAUGUUGGAACGGUUACGGUACGAAAAUACGGUCGAUAUUUAUGGUUGCGUUACUGCUUUAAGGUCUCAAAGGUCAUAUAUGGUUCAAACCGAUGACCAGUAUAUCUUCAUUCAUGAUGCUGUGCUUGAUGCUGUACAGUCUGGUUCCACUGAGGUUCCUGCUUGCAAACUUUACACACAUGUGCAAGCUCUUAUGCAAAUUCAACCCAUUGAUCAAGUUUCUGCUAUGGAACUUGAGUUCAGGCAUUUGGCAACAUUGAAAAUGUCGAAUUCUCGAUGUAGUGUCGCAAAUUUAUCUGUUAAUCGACAGAAAAAUCGUCUUGUGAAUAUGGUACCAUAUGACUCGUCUCGUGUCAUUCUUUGCCCUAUUCCUGGUGAAGAAGGUUCUGAUUACAUCAAUGCAUCUUGGAUUGAUGGUUACAGGCAACGUGGUGCUUAUAUUGCGACACAGGGUCCAAUGCCUUAUACGGUCAAUGAUUUUUGGCGGAUGAUCUGGGAACAUGAAUCAUCCAUUAUUGUUAUGCUCAUUCGAACGGUGGAAAUUGGCAGGGAAAAAUGUUGCGAAUACUGGCCAGUAGAAGUGGGGGCGCAGUUUGGACAUUUAGUGGUAGAACCAAUUGCGGAGUAUAAUAUGUCACAAUAUGUGCUCCGAGAAUUUAGGAUAACUGAUACCCAGUGUGGUCAAACAAGAACGCUGAGGCAUUUUCAGUAUGUUGAAUGGCCUGAUCAUUGUCCACCAAAACCUGCGGAACUUUUUAUUGACUUUAUUCAUCAGGUUCAUCGUACUAAAACUCAGUUUGGUGUAGAUGGACCAAUUACGGUGCACUGUUCAACUGGAGCUGGCCGGACUGGAGUCUUUAUUGCUCUUAGCGUGAUUAUCGACCGGAUGAAACUUGAACAUGUCGUGGACGUGUUUACCACUGUAAAAUUACUUCGGACUGAACGUCAAAAUAUGGUUCAGGAUAAAGACCAGUAUCACUUUUGCUACCAGGCUGCCCUAGAAUUUCUGGCCACUUAUGAUAAUCCAUAUCAAAUGUCAUAG